AUAUAUAAAAUGGAUAGAAAUCGUAGAACGUCAUAAAGUGUUGUGCGUUUCUUCCUUAUGGUAAAAACAAAAAUGAUGGUUGCAAGUUUUGCUCGUAGUUUGUUUGUCACGGGACGGCAAGGAAUUUCAUCUCUAAGAGCCCAUUAUCCAAAGCGUCAUUAUGAAGCAUUUAGCUUAAAACACAAAAAUAAGGUGAGUAUUCUAUCGGUUGUCCCUGGAGGUCAUCAUCAAUCUGCUAAAAUCAUCUUCGACGACAGUCCGUCCACUACGGUUAACUUCAAAUACAUUUGGCUCAGAGACAAUUGUAAAUGUUCACGGUGCGUUGAUCAAUCGACAAAACAAAAAUUAAUUGAUACGCCAUCCCUUGAUGUAAACAUAAGACCAGAGCGAUUGAACGUUAACUCUGAUGGUCAGUUAGUUGUGGAAUGGGCGGAAAACGGACAAAAUCAUGCCUCCGUUUACGAACCAGAAUGGCUCAUGCGCUACAGUCGAUGUUUCAUUGAAGACAAUUUUGCAUCACCGGUCGAAGAUGAACCAGCAAGUCAACGACCUCCUCUGACCUUGUGGGACCGAACGACCAUCUGGAAAAAUUUGCCAGAAAUAUCUUAUGCAGAGGUCAUGGAGUCGGACAAAGGACUUGCAUUAUGGUUAGAAAUGUUUCAUCGAUUUGGGACAGCAUUGCUACGUGGGGUUCCAACCACAAAAGGUAAAAUAAUCGAAGUAGUUAAACGAUUUGCCUACGUCAAGGAAACCUCAUACGGAGUUACUUUCGAUGUGGUGGCCGAGCCCGAUCCAGAGCACUUAGCUUAUACAGGAACGCAUCUUCAUCACCACACAGACAUGAAUUACCGCGAAAAGAGCCCCGGGAUGCAGCUUCUACAUUGUUUAAAAUCCAUUGACACCAAGGGUGGUAGUAGUGAUCCUGGUGGUAUGUCCUUCCUCGUUGACGGAUUUCGCGCUGCCAAUUGGCUCAAAGAAAAUGAACCAGCUGCUUUUCACAUUUUAUCGGCAACUCCAGUCCGAUUCCAGAUCAACGUCAAUGGCGUCAAAUUCUCCCAAACUUGGCCGAUAAUCUGCACCGACCACGAUGGAGAAGUAACCGAGAUCCACUACAAUAAUCGGACUAUGGGUCCGCUUCAGGCACCCACACAUUUAAUAACACCAUUUUAUCAUUCCUAUCACCUGUUAACGGAGAAAAUCCGCACGGAAUCGAUGCAAUUCGCUUUCCAUAUGGCGCCUGGAGAUUUGUUGGCUUUUAAUAAUCGGAGAGUUCUACACGGGCGGACAUCAUUUGACGAGACUCGCGUGUCUCGUCACUUGGAAGGAUGUUACGUUGACAUUGACGAAACUAUGGCUAUUUAUGAUUCGUUGCGUAAUAAGGUUUAAACAAAGAAAAAAUUAUUAAUUAAUCACAAGGGGGAUAACAAAUGUUUAAUACAAAAUCUUCGACACAAA